AUGGCCAGCAUUUUUGGUCACAGUUUUGAUUUCGCGCAGCUGUCUGCGCCUUCAAUUCCAAGUUCACUUAUACCAGAGAAUUUCUUGAAGACCGCAGCGUCUUCCAGCAGCUCAGCUGCUCCUUCGGCCUCGUGGCAAGGUACUCUACAAAGGCACAGUUCUUGCGCGCAGCUAGUCAAGGCAAGACCGGACAAGUCCUUUAUCCAACUGGAUGAUGACAAAAGAACCAAAGCCCUCUUUAUUUGGGCUGAGUUCCUCAGCCCCAUUCUUGCCAGCUGCCUUGUUGGUCGCAUGAUUUUAUGCCACAGUUCCGAAGGGACUCGUGCCGAGAAGGUGAUUGAGAACCUUAAUGCAAUUUUUGGCCGCAAGGCGGCAAGUACUAUCUAUAGCAGAGCCUUGGCUGCCAUUCGUUACCAGCACUUUUGCACCUCCUUCCCUAUGAGCGAGCUUCUCUGCUGGAGAUAUGUUAACCAACUUGCCACAGGCAAGCCCACAGCAGCAUCGUCUUUUCUGAGGUUGUGCGUUUUUCUGCAUUACACGUUGGGGCCAGAUGGCUCCGAGGAAGUCAUUAACAGUGCCCGUUUAUCUGGGCAGGCUGCUCUUGCCCUCAACCGCAAGGCCCCAACCAAGCAAGCCCCGCCCUUCUCGGUCAGCAUGGUGAGAACUUUGCAUGCCAUCUUGAAGGACAACUCGCGGUCCCCAUUCGACCGCCUCGCUGCAGGGUCUUUUCUGUGCGCAAUCUAUGGUAGGUGUCGCUGGAGCGACCUGCGACACAUUGAAACCAUCGUUCUUGAUAUCGCCUCUGGGCGCCGUCAUGGCUUUGUCGAAAUCUUAACUAAGCACCACAAGACUGCUAAGAAGGACGCCGCGGAGUUGCUGCCAAUUGUUGCCCCGGCCUUUGGUAUUACAGGUGAUUGCUGGGCUCUGACUUUCGUCAAUCUUCGUAACGAGCUGCUCGGUGAACGAGCAUCUCUGCCGGGACCUCUGCUUCCAGCCGUGUCCUCGGAGCAGCCCCUGGUAUUCCUGCAGCGCCCUCUGGAGGCCGAUGAAGCGACAUCUUUUCUGCAGUUUCUUCUUGCCCAGUUUCCCGACAUCAAGCAAUGGACCUCGCACAGCUGCAAGGAAACCCCGCUCUCGUGGCUUGCUAAGGCUGGUGCCGAUAAGUCCACUCUGGACUUUAUGGGCAGACACGUUGGAUCCAUUACUUCCAGUGACAUUUACGCCCGAGGUAUGCAAAGCAGGCCCCUCAGGAAGCUAGUCAUCACCAUCAAGAUGAUCUAUGUUGGAACCUUCGAUCCUGACGCUACCCGCAGUGGUAUGUUUCUGCACGACAAUCCCCAGGCCUCUGCCCCUUCGGCCGUGCGCUCAGAAAGCUCCCUCAGUGGAGGCAUUGGGUCAGCAGAGGAGCAGGAACAGAACAGUCAGCAGGCUUCCAAGGCCUCCAGCGACUCCGAGUCAUCCUCGUCCUCUUCCGCCUCCAGCAGCAUUCGCCCUCAGAUCGCAGUACCUAGAGGACAGCCGCCACAUGCGCAAGCCUUUGUGCGCCCGAAGGGUAAGGUUCACUUACGGGCAACACCUGAGGCCACCCGCUUCAAGUGCGGGCGCGUAAUAACUAACGUUUUUGUUCCGGUCGACGCUGACUCUUACAUGAGAUCAGCUUUAUGCGGGCAAUGUGAGCCCACGGCUUUCCCAAUCAAGACUACUUCUGACAUGUUGGCUGCCUUGGACGCAGCACUGAAGCGCCGCAAAGACUAG